AUGGCAGCCACCCUGGGCUCGGGAGUAAAAGUCCCUCGCAAUUUUCGACUGUUGGAAGAACUCGAAGAAGGCCAGGAAGAUGUAGGAGAUGGCACAGUUAGCUGGGGUCUAGAAGAUGAUGAAGACAUGACACUUACAAGAUGGACAGGGAUGAUAACUGGGCCUCCAAGGGUGGACCCAAGAGCCAUAUCAGUGCUAGAAAAAUGGCAGAAUUCAUAUAGCAUCAAAGUUGUCCUGCAGGAGCUUCGGCGCCUAAUGGUGUCUAAAGAAAAUAUGGAACUUCCUCAGCCACCUGAAGGACAGUGUUACAGCAAUUAA